AUGUUCCGGUUGUUUCUCCUGGGCAUAUUCAUAGUUCUCUUCAUUGUUAUUCGGUUUUGCAAUCGAUGUGAUCACUUUGAUGGAGCCAUAUGCCACGGUGGCAUGAAAAGUUGCUGGAAGUUUAAUGUGUACUCGACAAACAAGAGUUGUGCCACAAAUCACUAUUACUAUAGUGAUCGCUUUUCAGGUUUAUACCUAUUUCGUUAUACAACAUUGAAUUGUAAGGUUUGUGAAGAGGGAAUGUUCCAACUACUUCAUGAUGUCCUGAGAGAAACCCAUUGCUGCACGGAAAGAGACAGGUGUAAUGAUGGCAGAAAUAAUGAAGAGAUUUCAAGAUUAGUCAGAGAAGAAGAUAUAGAUACAUCUUUCUACCUACAGACACUCUAUCUUUCCAGUGUGUAUGAUCCAAUAGGAAAAGUGAGAGAGAAGAGCGCCUCAGACCUCGGUAUCCGUGAGCUAGGAGAGGCAGAAGAGAAAGGCGCAGCGUCUGGGGCAGAACCCAGGCAGCGAGACGGAGCUCAGGCUUUGAAAGCUAAGAUUGCGUGA